AAGUUAGAGGUUAUGUUUACAAAAUUUGUGUGGCCACCUUGCGCGUCUAUAGAAUCAAUAUAGCUUCAUAUUAUAAUAUAGACCUCUUACAAUAAAAAUGGGAAAACGUAAUAAGAAAAGGGAUAAGAAUACCAAGGAUACUACUGAAUCAAAUUCAGACAUAAGUCACAACAUUGAAAUUGAAGAGGAAGAUAAAUCUAACAUUACUGAUGAAAGUUUGUCGAACAAAAGGCCACUAGAAGAAAGUGACGGCGACAGUGAUACGGAAACGAAGCCCAAGAAACCUAAAAAGAAAAAGAAACAGCCUGUGCCUUCAGAAGAAACUGAACCUACAAGUAAGAAAAAUAAAAAGUCCAUUCGUCAAAUGAAGAAAGAAAAGUUUAUUCAACGCCAAACAGAAGCAGCCGCAGCAGCAAAAGAUCAGUUAAAGUCACAAUGUCUCAAUUACUUAUCACAGUGGAAACAUGACAAACAAAAUUGGAAGUUUAUGAAAGCUAGACAAGUUUGGCUUUACAAAAAUAAAUUUUCAAAACUUCUUAUACCUGAAACUUCAUGGCCUUUAUUGUUAGAAUAUUUUGAGUCAGCACAAGGCAAUAUUCGAAAAAUGUUAUUAGAUGACGCCAACAAAAUAAUUAAACAAAUGGAUGAAUGGACAGAAUCACAAGAUAAAAACGAUAAUGACAAUGAAAAUGAAGAAUUAGAAGAGACGGACCAGGCAAAACCGGAUGAUGUCAUAUAUAAUAGGGCCCGAAGUUUAAUACAAUGCUUACAGGAAUAAAA